CCGUGUGGUCUUACCCUGUACUGUGGAGGAGGUGAGUACGUCGCUAUGGUUUCACUGUUAUUAUUUAGCAUUCUGUCAAACUAAUCCUUCUAUGGAAUUAGCCUACUGUUCAGACCUGUCUUUGCUUUCCUUAUCUUCUUUUUUUUUCCCACAAUCAAGUUUUAGCUGUCACAUGCGCCGAAUACAACAGGUGUAGAUCUUACUGUGAAAUGCUUACUUAUGAGCCCUUAACCAACAAUGCAGAGUAAAAAAAAAAAAAAAAGUCAUACAAUUUGCUAAAUAAACUCAUGGAAAAAUAGUAACACAAUAACCAAUAACAAGGCUAUAUAAAGUGGGUACCGGUACCAAGUCAAUGUGCAGGGGUACGGGUUAGUCGAGGUAAUAUGUACAUGUAGGUAGGAGUAACGUGACUAUGCAUAGAUAACAGAGUAGAAGCAGCGUGUGUGUGGCGUCAAUAUGCAUGUGUUGGCAUGUCAGUGUAGUGUGUGUGUGGUUCGAGUCCAGUGAGUGUACAUUUAGCCUGUGCAAGAGAGUCAGUGCAAAAAAUAAGAAUAAAAUAAGGGGGUCAGUGCAAAUAGUCUGGGGAGCCAUUUGAUGAACUUGUUCAGCAGUCUUAUGGAUUGGAAGUAGAAGCUGUUGAAGAGCCUUUUGGUCCCAGACAUGGCGUGAGCCCUGACAAGCAUUUCAUUGCUACAAAUGUGAGUGCUACGGGGCGGUAGUCAUUUAGGCAGGUUACCUUGGCAUUCUUAGGCACAGGGGACUAUGGUGGUCUGCUUGAAACAUGUAGGUAUUACAGACUGGGUUAGGCAGAGGCUGAAAAUGUCAAAAGACGCUUGCCUGCUGGUCAGCGCAUGUUCUGAGGACGCGUCCUGGUAAUCUGGCCCUGUGGCCUCGGGAAUGUUAACUUGUUUAAAGGUCUUACUCACAUCUGCUACGGAGAGUGUGAUCACACAGUCGUCCGGAACAGCUGGUGCUCUCAUGCAUGGUUCAGUGUUGCUUGCCUCAAAGCAAGCAAAGAAGACAUUUAUCUCGUCUGUUAGGCUCGCGGCUAGGUUUCCCUUUGUAAUCUGUGAUGGUUUGCAAGCCCUGCCACAUCCGACGAGCAUCAGAGCUGGUGUAGUAGGAUUCGAUCUUAGUCCUGUAUAAACGCUUUACCUGUUUGAUGAUUCGUCGGAGGGCAUAGUGGGAUUUAUUAUCCGUAUUAGUGUCAUGCUCCUUGAAAGCGGGAGCUCUAGCCUUUAUCUCAGUGCGGAUGUUGCCUGACAUCCAUGGCUUCUGGUUGGGGUAUUUACGUACGGUCACUGUGGGGAAGUUGUCGUCGACGCACUUAUUAAUGAAGCCGGUGACUGAUGUGGUAUACUCCUCAAUGCCAUUGGAUGAUCCUGGAACAUAUUCCAGUUUGUGCUAGCGAAGCAGUCUUGUAGCUUAGCAUCCGCUUCAUCAAACCACUUCCGUAUUGAGCGCGUCACUUGUACUUCCUGUUUGAGUUUUUGCUUGACUCAGGAGGAUAGAGUUAUGGUCAGAUUUGCCAAAUAGAGGGCAAGGGAUUGCUUUGUAUGUGUCCCUGUGUGGAGUAAAGGUGAUCUAGAGUUUUUACUUUUCUCUAGUUGCACAUGUGACAUGCUGGUAGAAAUGAGGUAAGACGGAUUUCAGUUUUCCUGCAUUAAAGUCCCUGGCCACUAGGAGUGCCGCCUCUGGAUGACAUUUACAUUUACAUUUACAUUUAAGUCAUUUAGCAGACGCUCUUAUCCAGAGCGACUUACAUCAGCAAUUAGGGUUAAGUGCCUUGCUUAAGGGCACAUCGACAGAUUUUUCACCUAGUCGGCUCGGGGAUUAGAACCAGCGACCUUUCGGUUACUGGCACAACGCUCUUACCCACUAAGCUACCUGCCGCCCACCAUUUUCUUGUUUGUUUAUGGCCUUAUACAGCUUGUUGAGUGCGGUCUUAGUGCCAGCAUCGGUUUGUGGUGGUAAAUAGACAGCUACGAAGAAUAUAGAUAAACUCUCUUGGUAAAUGGUGUGGUCUACAGCUUAUCAUGAGAUACUCAGACGAGCAAAACCUUGAGACUUAAUAUUAGAGCUCGCGCAUCAGCUGUUGACAGACACACACAACCCCCCUCCCCCCGAUCUUACCGGAGGCUGCUGUUCUGUCUUAGCUGAUGCACGGAAAACCCAGCUAACUGUAUAUUAUCCAUGUCCUUGUUCAGCCACGACUCGUGAAACAUAGGAUAUUACAGUUUUUAAUGUCCUGUUGAUAGGAUGGUCUUGAACGGAGCUCAUCCAGUUUAUUCUCCAGUGAUUGCACGUUCGCCAGUAGAACGGAGGGUAAAACCGGCUCAUCCACUCGCUGAUGCAGUCUCGCCAGGCAUCCGGCUCUCCGACCUCUGCAACGGCAUCUCCUCUUCAUACGAAUGACGGGGAUUUGGGCCUGGUCCGGGAGAAGCAGUAUAUCCUUCGCGUCCGACUCAUUAAAAAAAAAAAUUUCAAUCAUUGUCCCGUUCGAGAUGAGUAAUCGCUGUUCUGAUGUCCAGAAGCUCUUUUCGGUCAUAAGAAACGAUGGCGAAACAUGUACAAAAAAAGUUUAAAACAGCGCAAUUGGUCAGGACCCCGUAAAAUGGCGGCCAUCUCCUCCGGCGCCAUAUCUCAAGAAUAUCUGCGUUGGUAACAGUUGUGUGGAUUGAUGUGUUUAGCAGACCCAUGGAAUAACACACACGCCCCAUAGGCACCAUCAUGAGAGACAACUCCAUGGAUUGUGUUUUCCAUUGCCAUACUCUUAUAUCGUCAUCACUACAGAGAGAGUUACAUAAGGCUGUGCUGUUCUCUCCUCUCUCUCUGGAUUUGUGUAGUGUACAGUGUUAGUCAUUAUUUUGAUUCCUUUGUAUUAAGUUAUUAUUUUUGUAUGGGUUACUGUUACAAAACUCUGACUCACACACACUGUGUCCUUAUAUGGCAAUGAAGUGUGUGUGCACAGAGGCCCAGAUUAUAGCAGGAAAAUGUUUUUUUCCUCUAAAGCCAGAAACUUAAUGGAAGACCAGUAGUGAAUGGAAAAACACUACGCUACACUGGCCUUCAGAAGUCUAGUAGGCAACGGUUGCCCCUGGAGUGAUGAGCUGGUUCUUGGUCCACCAGUGUGUGGUUCACUUGAUAGCGUGUCCUGUGAUGCUGAUGAAAGUGUGGGAUCCAGGGUUGGGCUGGUCCACCACAAUACAGGUAGAUGAGAAAUAUGUCUAAUCAAAGCAAAAGCAAUCCUUCCUGCUCGGACAGGCCUAAAUCAAACUAUAACCUCAGUGUACUGCUCAGUUCAAUAAUAGGCCUGACUUGGCAUAGUGGAGAGUUGAUCUGAUCCAGGCUUAGUAUCCACAGUACAAGAACAGCACAAACAUCCCUGCAGCAUUACCAUCAAUGAUUUGUUGCAUUAAUUGCACAAACGUUUAUGAAAAGUGAUCGACAGUAGUUGAAAAACUGUGUGCUUGUUUAAAUUCCUUUGUCUAAUUCAGGACAAUUUGUAUGCAUCGUUUAACCUGGGGCUCUGUUGGGUCAUGUUCUGUGUGUGUGCAUCUGACUGGCUGUGCUCGUGCAUGUAAGAGAUUGCCUUUGGAUGUGAAAGGAAACAAAGUUUUGUCCUCUACAGGGCCCAGAACAGAUUAAUGACACGGACAGUAGAACUCUUGUUUGAUCAGGGCUCUGUUCUCUGGACAAUUAGCCUGUUUGGCCUACUCCUCUUGCUCGUUGUGGCAAAGAGACAAUGCAUAGAAUAAUACAAAGUUAUUGAUUGUACAAUAUUCAUGUUGCAUCAACGUACAUUGGUUGCAUGCAUGUUUUUAUAGUCCCUGUAGAUGACAAAUGCAGUCUAACUUAGUAGUCUCUUUGUACACAAACACACAAACAGUAGCAUAGUCAGCCAUGUGGACCCUCCAGUGCUGUAGGCCCCCACUGUGGCUGUUUUCACUGCCCCCUAAUCCUAUUAGAAUCAAUUAGUAAAGAGUGGCUCUCUGUAGGUCUAUUGUGGGGAGGCUAGUAGCAUAUCUCUCUACUUUGAUAACCGUGCAUGCUAGAGUUAGGGGAAAAAAACAAAAAUGAUCGACACCGAUCACUUGUCGCAGGCAUUUUGCUGAUUACAUUCAUUACAAUAAGUAGCCUAUACUGGAGAAAUGUGUAGUUUGAAAUGAAACAAGUUCGCUAAUAUAGGUGAUUGUUAAUGGGAAAAGUGAUGGCUAUAACCAUCAAACUAGUAGUUUUAAAGGAUCAUAAAAAACAGUGGUAUGGAUUUUUGUCCAUAUUGGGCCCAGCUCUGCAGCAUACCCUCCUGGUUCUGGAUGAUGCUGGACACUGCCAUCCUGGUAGUCAAGCUCUUGUUCAACAUACAACUCUGUCAUAUGAUAGUCCAUAACAAAUAUGUUGAUUCCCUGUGUUCUUAUUUGCUAUCCAUGUUUUUAUUACCUUCAUGAGAGCAAGUAUUUGUUGUAUUAUGUAAUGUUUUUUUUUUUGUCAUUUAGCAGACGCUCUUAUCCAGAGCGACUUACAGUUAGUGAGUGCAUACAUUAUUAUUAUGUUGUGUUAACAGUGUGUGUUUGUUUCAGUAUCAAGUGGGCCAGUUGUACUCCGUAGCAGAGGCCAGUAAGAAUGAGACUGGUGGAGGAGAGGGCAUCGAGGUCCUUAAGAAUGAACCCUAUGAGAAGGAGGGGGAGAAAGGACAGUACACACAUAAAAUCUACCAUCUGAAGAGGUAACACACAAUGUUCCUAGUGCACCAUCCCUAUCUUGCCAGCAGGUGGAAGUGUAGUCAUUCCUAUGUUACAAUAGGUUUAUAGUACCUUUUUUAUAGAGGCCUUCAAGACAAUGACAUUCACAUAUAUCCCAUUCUAGGGGCCUCCUGAGUGGGGCAGCGGUCUAAGGCACUGCAUCACGUUGCUAGAUGCGUCACUACAGAUCCAGGUUCGAUCCCGGGCUGUAUCACAACCGGCCGUGAUCGGGAGUCCCAUAGGGCAGCGCACAAUUGGCCCAGCAACGUCUGUGUUAGGGGAGGGUUUGGCCGGGGGUGCUUUACUUGCCUCAUCGCGCUCUAGCAAUUGCAGGCUGACCUCGGUCGUCAGGUGAACAGUGUUUCCUCCGACACAUUGGUGCGGCUGGCUUCCGGGUUAAGCAGGCGGGUGUUAAGAAGUGCAGUUUGGCCUGUCCUGUUUCGGAGGAUGCAUGACUCGAUCUUCGCCUCCAGAGCCCGUUGGGGAGUUGCAGCAAUGACACGAUCGAAAUUGGGGAGAAAAAGGGGCUAAAAUACAAAAAAUUGUAUGUGUAUACAGUUGAAGUCUGAAGUUUACAUACACUUUAGCCAAAUACAUUUAAACUCAGUUUUUCACAAUUCCUGAAAUGUAAUCCUAGUAAAAAUUCCAUGUCUUAGUUCAGUUAGGAUCACCACUUUAUUUUAAGAAUGUGAAAUGUCAGAAUAAUAGUAGAGAAUGAUUUAUUUCAGCUUUUAUUUCUUUCAUCACAUUCCCAGUGGGUCAGAAGUUUACAUACACUCAAUUAGUAUUUGGUAGCAUUGCCUUUAAAUUGUUUAACUUGGGUCAAACGUUUCGGGAAGCCUUCCACAAGCUUCCCACAAUAAGUUGGGUGAAUUUUGGCCCAUUCCUCCUGACAGAGCUGGUUUAACUGAGUCAGGUUUGUAGGCCUCCUUGCUCGCACACGCUUAUUCAGUUCUGCCCACACAUUUUAUAUAGGAUUGAGGUCAGGGCUUUGUGAUGGCUACGCCAAUAUCUUGACUUUGUUGUCCUUAAGCCAUUUUGCCACAACUUUGGAAGUAUGCUUGGGGUCAUUGUCCAUUUGGAAGACCCAUUUGCGACCAAGCUUUAACUUCCUGACUGAUGUCUUGAGAUGUUGCUUCAAUAUAUCCACAUAAUUUUCCUUCCUCAUGAUGCCAUCUAUUUUGUGAAGUGCACCAGUCCCUCCUGCCGCAAAGCACCCCCACAGCAUGAUGCUGCCACCCCCGUGCUUCACGGUUGGGAUGGUGUUCUUCGGCUUGCAAGUUACCCCUUUUUUCCUCCAAACAUAACAAUGGUCAUUAUGGCCAAAAAGUACAAUCUUUGUCCCCAUGUGCAGUUGCAAACCGUAGUCUGGCUUUUUUAUGGCGGUUUUGGAGCAGUGGCUUCUUCCUUGCUGAGCGGCCUUUCAGGUUAUGACGAUUAUAGGACUUGUUUUACUGUGGAUAUAGAUACUUUUGUACCCGUUUCCUCCAGCAUCUUCACAAGGUCCUUUGCUGUUCUGGGAUUGAUUUGCACUUUUCGCACCAAAGUACGUUCAUCUCUAGGAGACAGAACACGUCUCCUUCCUGAGCGGUAUGACGGCUGCGUGGUCCCAUGGUGUUUAUACUUGCGUCCUAUUGUUUGUACAGAUGAACGUGGUACCUUCAGGCGUUUGGAAAUUGCUCCCAAGGAUAAACCAGACUUGUGGAGGUCUACACAUUUUUUUUCUGAGGUCUUGGCUGAUUUCUUUUGAUUUUCCCAUGAUGUCAAGCAAAGAGGCACUGUGUUUGAAGGUAGGCCUUGAAAUACAUCCACAGGUACACCUCGAAUUGACUCAAAUGAUGUCAAUUAGCCUAUCAGACGCUUCUAAAGCCAUGACAUCAUUUUCUGGAAUUUUCCAAGCUGUUUAAAGACACAGUCAACUUAGUGUAUGUGAACUUCUGACCCACUGGAAUUGUGAUACAGUGAAAUAAUCUGUCUGUAAUCAAUUGUUGGAAAAAUUACUUGUGUCAUGCACAAAGUAGAUGUCCUAACCGACUUACCAAAACUAUAGUUUGUUAACAAGAAAUUUGUGGAGUGGUUGAAAAACGGGUAUUAAGUGUAUGUAAACUUCCGACUUCAGUCAGUGACAGUGUGUGUAUCCAUCUAUCCCCCCCCUCUUUCCCUGACUUCCACAGUAAAGUCCCAGCGUUUGUCAAGAUGAUUGCUCCUGAGGGCUCCCUGGUUUUCCAUGAAAAGGCCUGGAAUGCUUACCCUUACUGCCGAACCAGUGAGUCCCCUCCCCUCCUCUCCUGCCUGGACUCUUACCCCUUCUCCCCCCACCUGUACCACAUGCACUAUGUGACCCCCAAGCUGUUUUUAUAGAAAUGUUGUUUUAAAUUGACUCAUUGUUGCUGGAACCAAUGUAUUAUUUACAUGAGUUGUAUGAUCAUUAAUUUUUUAAUUUAUAUCUAACAUUUUGUUUUUUGGUCUUCUCUCAUGCUUCGUCUGGACCCAGUUGUAACGGUGAGUAGCCUCAAAUGACCCUGUUGCGUUGGAUUAUCUCACUGUCUGUUUGGAUGGUAAUUGUUUGUGCAUGUGUAUGUAGUUGGGUAGUUACUUGUUUGUCUGUGUGAAUGUGGCAUGCAUCAGUUUUCGUGAAGCGAACUUGUCAACAAUUAUAAAGAAUGUAGCAAAUAAGCCAACAAUGUUUGAGGUUUUCAUUUAUUGAAGGGGACAUUGUAUGGUUUGAAUUUACCAUGAUAUUGCUUCACUGGGUAGUUGUUGAAUUCAGGGGUAGGAGGUCCCCCUUGUGGCCAUUACUAGUAAUGUAAAUCUACUAGGUUUCGAGCCCUCAAACUCAAAAACCCCAAAGCCAGUUCCACUGCUUUUUUUCAUUGUUCCCCUCUAAUCAGGGACUGAUUUAGACCUGGGACACCAGGUGAGUGCAAUUCAUUAUCAGGUAAAACAGAACCAGUAGGCUCCGGACCUCGUAGGGUAAGAUUUUAAUAUCUCUUGUUUAGAGGGUUUAUGCCUUCAGCUUCAGUCAUGAUUUUCAACCUCCUUCCUUCAGAAUGAGUAUAUGAAAGAUGACUUCAUCGUUAAGAUUGAGACCUGGCACAAACCUGACCUUGGCACAGUAGAAAACGUGAGUACCUUUAUCUGUCAUUCAAAAUGAGUUAGAUUAAUCACAAUUUUCUCUUUUAUAAAAAAUCUUACUGUAAAUGUCACUGACUGUCUGUGAAUGUGUCCCAGAUGAAGCAUCAGCUAAUAUCUGAGUUUGAAGUGUUGCUAUCAUGCUCAUGCCUGGCUUUGAUUGGCAGGUGCACAAGCUGGACGUGCCCACAUGGAAGAGUGUGGAGGUGGUGCCCAUUGACAUCGCAGAUGGAGAACAAGUUGCCCCUGCUGUGAGUACUCCUUUCUGAUACUGCUGUCAUGCCACAGUCCCACACUCAAUAAAGCUGUGGAUAGUACCCUGUUUGGCACCAUCAUGUGGAGAGACCUGGGCAUUGCACAGCAAUGUUCCUACUUAGUAUAAUAAUAUCUAACCCCAUUAGACAUAAGCUAAAUAUAAUUUAGGUCUAUUCAGAUGUGACAAAAAAACUGCAUACACACAUUCCUUUCAGCUGUUAUUCAGAAUGUUGUAUUCCAUGUCAGCUGCCAGGUAGGGAACUAUGGUGCAUUGUUUUUCCUCUGCAGGUUCUGAAACCCCUCAAAUCAGUAUGGUGUUGGAAGCUCUGCAAUUAUAAUUUAAUAUUGGUAUAAUUUCUCAGUAUCUUCCUUGUACCAAUGCUCAUGGUAGUUUAUUGCUAUUAUUUGGCAUGGCAUUGCCUCAUUUCACUGAGUCUGACAAGUGGAGUGUGUGUGUGUGGUUAUUUGCCUGAGCAGUGUGUGCUUGCGGUAGGUGUCUAACGAGGCGGACGUGUUUGCCUUGCUGGAGGUGUUGUCUGAGGGCCCUAUCAGGUCUGUGCCUCAGGCAAGGCUGCAGGGCCUAGCCUGCCAAGGGACCACAGAUGAGUUUGUUAGUGUAAUUAAGGCUCACAGCGCUCCAUACGCCUGGCUCUCACACACACACACACUUCCUCAGCCCAGGCACAUCCAUUCACAGACCUCAUUAGAGCAGCACAGUGUAUUGUUAUAGUGAUGGAGCUUUCAGCAUUAAAACAGCCAAAUGAGUGUGUGUGUUUCUCCCAUUCUGCUUGUUUGGCUCCCUCCUGACGGCCGAUAGCCCUGAACAGCAGCUUUUAGCUGCAGGCGCAUCAUGAUUUAUUUAAAAUUGCUUGGCCCUUGAGCUGUUUGUAAUUUGAAAGGCGUUUCAUUUUUUUAUUUUAUUUUUUACAAUAGUUGUUUUAAGUUGACUUAAGGGCUGGGCAAUAUAUCGAAUUAAUUCUAAUUUCUGUUUUUGCACGAUAUUCCAAAUCCUGUAUUGCAAGAAUCAAGGUUUUGUUAUUUUUUGUGAUUUUUUUUUUAGCAUUUAUGUCCGCUUGUUCUCGUUGUUGUCUUUUUGGUCUCGUUCGCUCUUUCUGUGCUGUGCAACUUCCCAUUUACACCAGAGAUCUGUAUAUAAUGAGGAGAUGCACGUCUCCGCCCUAACAAUGGGAGUCGUUGUCCUAAAGGCGGGAAGGCAGGCGACAAGCUUAGGUCCAAAAUAAGCCCAUAGAAACGCAUAAGGCUUAUUUUUGACAGAUUUUAGCGAGAGUGAAACCUCUCGCUUCGUCUCUUCCUCUUUGGUUUACACAUGCACCAAGCCCCUCUGCCUGCCUCGUACGCCAACAAAGUUGAGAGAUCACUUCUUCCUCUCUGACAAGCGGUUUCAACUCGCUAUUUGCAUUUGAGGUUUGGUCCAACAGAAUCGGUCAUAUGGACACCAAAACACAUUGAGACAUUAUUUUACUGUAAUAGAGGAGAAGUAAACAUUUCUAACGAUACCCUUUUUAUGUCUUUACUACUCAAAUUGCGCGCAGAGCAAACGCUACUAAAACUAGAGUAUCGAUGAACAUUGAUUCUGGAAAAUGAAUGCUCAGUUUGUCGCGUGCGGCGUUGGGGUACUACAUACCGCUAGCAACAUUUUAGCCAAAGACGGUUAUACUAACUGUCUAGUAAAUGUGCAAUAAGCAUAAAACACAAUUAUAUAAAGAAUUGGCAACUCGUUCUCAUUCUGAGAAAUAAGGUAGGCUACUUGAUUUCAACAUCUGAACAAAGUGGACAGGCUAGCAUGCUGUUCAAACAGUUGGAGACCGACAGAAGGGUGUGUUCAUAAAAAUUCAACUGUUCUACAUUGUUAGCUAGCAAAUAGAUCCAAGUUGGCUAAACUUGAAAUAUGAAGAUUAACUAGCACGUGGGCUUGAGUGAUUGUUGAUGAGACCAGUGUUAAUUUUCUAUAGCCUAAUGCCUGCUACAAGAAGUUAGUCAUGUUAGAGAAUGUGCAUUAUGGAUGGUUCUAGUGAAAUUUGUAACAAAAAAGGGCAUUUUCAUAGACUUGAAAGCCAGAUCAGUGGUUAUUGCAAAAAAAAGGCAGAUUAAACUAUUUUAAUAAGACCCAUUCAUCAUUUAAUGAUUUUAUGGUUGUGGAAGGCCUCUAUUUAGCCUAGGUAUAACUUCACAAGCCCUGAAUUCAUUUGAUUAUUGCUGACUGUUUGGAAUGCAGUGUAUUUGACCUUUAAUUCUACAACAAUGCUUAUUUAGAGAACAUUAAAAUCGAGAUGCAGUAUAUAUCGCCCAUAAGUUAAAAAAAAAUCUAGGACUGAUUUUUAGGCCAUAUUGCCCAGCCCUAGUUGACUUUGCACUUCUCUCUCUGAGCUCUUUACAAUGACUAAUGCAACCAGAAGAGGAGAGUGAGACCAUUAAGUCUGUGUGUGCAGGGCUCCCAACUUUAAAAGGUUAGGAGCACCACAUGAAAUUUAGAAACACCAGAAAAUAAGAUUUAUUUGUAUUUUUGCACAGUGCUUAAUUUGGGAUGAGAGGUGCAGGAGCUGUCUUUUUCCAAGUCGGUCCAUUAGACUAUGUUCACAGGAAUUCCCAAUUGACAUUAUGCUGUAAAGACCUCUGAUUAUUCACUGUUAAGUGUUUAUACACAUUUUGACAGAUGGAAUUUCAUGACUUUUCCAUGACUUUUAACCAGAUUUCCAUGACUAAUAAUUGGUGGUGUUUAUGUAGCCUACGUGGAAAUAGUGUGCAUAAAUGUGGUAUUGCAGGGAUGCAAACUGGUAAGGGCCCAAAAAGGUGACCACUUUUUUUUUUUUCUUAAAGGAAACUGCUAGAGGGAUUUAAAAUGCUAAUUUCUAGUGACUUUUAGGCUGGAUCCCUUCUUGAAAUGUUUUAACUGUGUACUAAUUAAACAACAAAGAAUAUGAUCUACAUGAUCAGUCUCUGUGUGUAAAAUAAAGUGGUUAAUGUGAACCUAACUCAUAGCAAAAACAAUAAAUGGAAAGCAAUCCAAUCUGAUGUUGUAAUGUUAGCUAUCUGGCUGUCUGACUUUGUUAGCCAGCUCAUUUUCACACCAUCAAUUCAAUUAUUUGAUCAGUUAAGUUAGCUAAUGUUGCUCGACAUUUUGCUGGCUAGCUAACGGAGAAUUCAACCCAGCUAUUGUAGCUAGAUACUUUAACUCUUUUAACAAUUCUUGUUCCACCACACUUGCUCCCUCACCUCAAACUUUCCAAAUGCAAGUACGCUUCAUCACCUUCUCACCUCCAUCUCCAGGCUUCUCACCUACCUCUUCAUUGUCGUUCAGGGGACGCGCUGCUGCUGUAACUGCUGCUGUAACUGGCAAACUGUCUUUCCAGAGCGCGCUCUGAUGCUGUAACUAGCAAGUUGGUUGUCUCUUCUCUCUUCAGUCGUGUGCUGCAUUAUGUUAUGUGAAGGACUGGCUGAUCCCAGGCUCGAGCCUUGGAUACAGCCAGUAUUGCUCCGAACGCGCAUCACUCGUUCGCUUACAGCCAGUAGUGAUCCAAACGCCCCCCCCGAAAAAACACUUUUCUCAUCGGAUCUACACAAAUCACGUAGGUUACCUAUUUUGGAUUCAAAACAGGGGAUUUGGCUGAAAGCUGACUAGUUGGCAUCCCUGGGUAUUGACACUAGAAGGCUGCCGGUCUCUGAUCCCAUGUAGGCCUACCAUCUCCUGCUGUUAUGCCCUCGAUCAAGGCACUUAACCUCCCACAACGUAGAAUAAAUGCACUGUUGGGCUACUGUAUAAAACACGUGGUCAACCCUCCAUUUGGAGAGCUACUGGGUGUGCAGGCUUUUGAUCAAGCCUUGAAACACACCAGUGUCUGCUUAUCAGGGUCCUGUGUGAGCAGCUGAUGUUUAGGCUACAAUGUGCUGUGUUAGAGCAAGGCUUGAACAAAAGCCUGCACACCCAGUAGUUCUCCUGGAGGAUGGUUGGCCACCCUUUAAUAUAAAAUAUUGCAACACAACCAAAUACUUUUUGUCUUAAUACAGUUUUUCCCUCAAUUAAAUUAAUCAGGGAUGAAAUGGAUAAGGUAGGCUACUUCAAAGCAACGUAGCUAACUAAGACAUGUUUAUCUAUAACCUUUAUAAGGCUAGAAUAUUAAUGUUUCAGGGGAGAUCUAUGCACAGCAUGGAAGUUAUUUGUCAAUUAGGCUAUUCUUAGAAUAUUUUGAACGUUGUCAGAGUUACAUGGCUAGCCUACUGUUUAAUAAGAGGGGAAUACCAGCUUUCCAAUAAUGGUGUCAGAUGUCUUUCUCAACAGUGCCGGUGGAACGACAUAAUGCUUAUAAUUAACUAGCGAGAGAGCUUGUAGUGUGGCUAGUUAUGUUUUGAAUUGGCUAUAUAGUUAGUCAAUCAUUAUUUUAUAGGCUACCUGCUGCUGAAAUGUCUCUCUCUCUCUCCCCUCGGGCAACGGCCCACUCACACUGGCACACACACAGAUGAUGCACAGCACAUACAGAGAGAUGCGCUGAAGGGUAGGCCUAAUUCUGAUCAUCGCUGAUAUGUAGGUUUUUAUGUGAUUUUAUAUAUUUAAAAAGGAAAACGCUAUAAAAAUUCCAUGACUUUUCCAGUAUUUUCAUGACCGUAAGAGCCCUCAUUUGACAAUUUGGAACAGCUCAUUCUGCACAUUCAGGCUGGCGCAUUCCCAAACUCUAAUUGUCUACUGGCACACAUACACCGGAUUUGCAGAUAUGAAUGCCCACUCUCCAUUGCUAUUCAAUGCAGAUCCUGCCUUCAUUCUGCUUUGAUCAACCUUUUUUUGACAGUGUGUGCGAAUCCGGGCCGUUGAUGGGCCACUUUGUUUUGUAGAGGAGCCGGUACGCAGUUCCCCAAAAAUUGGAGGUGCCGACACGGCACUCCGGCCCAAGUCAAGCACUGAUUUGAGAUGCAGCCUAUAUGAAUUCUAGCUACUUUUGAAGCACAUGUUGUGCAUUAGAAACUAAUGUAACACUGUAAAGACAUUAAUUUAUUAUAAAAGCUAAAAUGUUGAUACGAAUACCUGUCAUUGAAAUUACAAAGUCAUUUGUGGAAUAUUAGGUUUCUACAUGGUGUAAAAACACUUUUCCUAUUAAGAUGCAUUAUAUUGAAAAUUGUACACUGUCUCUUUAAAAAUGUGACAUGCAAGAGAUCAUUCAUUCAUUGCUGAGGUCAUUUAUCUCAUUUAGCCCCUUUUUCUUUUCUUUCUGUCCCCCCAAAUGUUUGGAUAUAUUGGCAAAGUUACCAGCUUGUUAGCUAGCUAGCCAAUGAGGUAACAUGACUGAACAAAGUGUAAACAAAUGGUUAACGACGCACAAGUAUUUUUAGAAAGGCCCACAACAUGGUUUAUGAAUGUAAAAUGAAUGCAUUCCUGGCGAUCUGCUAUAGGAAGAUGAAAAUGUUGCGCCGGUAAUAUGGGUUAGAUCUUUUGACCUGGCUAGAAGCAAACUGUUUGGUAAUGGUGCAGCCAUGAUACAAUCGAAUCUGCACUCGCCUUUUCUCUAGGGCACUCGGAAACAACGCUACAGCAAAGCCUUAUCGUGUGUGUACUGCUUGUGUAUUAUGCUACUAGAGUGUGUGGGUCUACUCUCCAGCUGCACUAGUGAGUUAGUUAGAACUCUGUUUGACUGUGGUAGUGAAUGGGUUUAAUCAGUUGGCAAUAAUCUAAUGAAUUCAGGGCUUGUGAAGUUAAGGCUAAAUAUAUAAGCCUUCCGCAAUCCAUACGACCAACAAAUAAUCUAAUUAUUUAAUCAGACUUUUCUGUUGGAAUUAUUUGUUGUUCAGUGUUUUGAUUAUUAAAGUGUUAAUUGUUAUCCUUCUCUUCCCUCUCUAGGACUACAAGGCAGACGAGGACCCUGCUCUGUUCAAGUCCGCUAAGACUGGUAGAGGACCCCUGGGACCCAACUGGAAGGUAUGCCUCUCACUAGAACACCCGGGAGGGAGACUGCAGUUUGAUGAAGACAAAUCACCUCUCCCUGCUCAAAUUGGGUGUAAUAGAAAUUGCAAGUGAUCAGGUCAGAUUAGCCCCUCCUGUCUCAGCCUUGCUCUCAGCCAGCCAGGAGAGUGUGUGUUUGUACACGGCUGUCUGCUCCGGGAUGUACUAUGUGUGUUGUCUCUUAGUUUGAGCUAGGAACAGUUUUUUUUUUUUUUAUUUUUUUUAUGAGUCUGGAGGAUAUUUGUUUGUAAAAAGUGAGAGGUGAUGAAAACAACUCAUCCAGAGACACCGUUUUCCCCUCUAACCCCUCAUCUACAACCCUGCAAACAGGCCCAUGAUGUCAAACUAGUUAGAUCUCCACCCAGCAAUAGUUUACAGCCCUCAUAUACUUAACACAAAUAUAAACGCAACAUGUAAAGUGUUGGUUCCAUGUUUCAUGAGCUGAAAUAAAAGAUCCCAGAAAUGUUCCAUACACAUAAAAAGCUUAUUUCUCAAAUUUUGAGCACAAAUUUGUUUACAUCCCUUGUAGUGAGCAUUUCUAAUUUGCCAAGAUAAUCCAUCCACCUGACAGGUGUGGCUGAUUAAACAGCAUGAUCAUUACACAGAUGCACCUUGUGCUGGGGACAAUAAAAGGCCACUCUAAAAUGUGCAGUUUUGUCACAACACAAUGCUGCAAAUGUCUCAAGUUUUGAGGGAGUGUGCAAUUGGCAUGCAGACUGCAGGAAUGUCCACCAAAGCUGUUGCCAGAUAAUUGAAUGUUUAUUUCUCUACCAUAAGCCGCCUCCAACGUCGUUUUAGAGAAUUUGGCAGUACGUCCAACCAGCCUCAUAACAGCAGACCACUUGUAACCACACCAGCCCAGGACCUCCACAUCUGGAUUCUUCACCUGCAGGAUCAUCUGAGACUGGACAGCUGAUGAAACUGAGGACUAUUUCUGUCUGUGUUAAAGGCCUUUUGUGGGGGGAAAAACUCAUUCUGAUUGGCUGGGCCUGGCUCCCCAGUGGGUGGGAUUGGCUCCCAAGUGAAUGGGCCUAUGCCCUCCCAGGCCCACCUAUGGCUGAGCCCCUGAUCAGACGCAGUGGUCUAAGGCACUGCAUCGCAGUGCUACCUGUGCCACUAGAGAUCCUGGUUCGAAUCCAGGCUCUGUUGUAGCCGGCCGCGACUGGGAGACCCAUGGGGCGGCGCACAAUUGGUCCAGGGUAGGGGAGGGAAUGGCCGGCAGGGAUGUAGCUCAGUUGGUAGAGCAUGGCGUUUGCAACGCCAGGGUUGUGGGUUCGAUUCCCACGGGGGGCCAGUAUGAAAAAUAAAAAUGUAUGCAUUCACUAACUGUAAGUCGCUCUGGAUAAGAGCGUCUGCUAAAUGACUAAAAUGUAAAUGUGAAAUCCAUAGAUUAGGGCCUAAUUUAUUUCAAUUGACUGAUUUCCUUAUAUGAACUGUAACUCAGUAAAAUCGUUGAAAUUGUUGGAUGUUGCAUUUAUAUUUUUGUUCAGUAUAGUUCAAUGUGGAAUAGUUUUCCUGCUCUGUGACAACUUGCACAGAUUAAAGACUGCUGAACAGCUUUAUAAAGUCUGAAGCAACUUUUUAUUUUGUGUUUUUAAUUAGAUCUCUUCCCCCCCCACCUUGGACAUGGAAACAAACUUUUUGGAGAGGAAAAAAUGAGAGAGAAAUCAUAAUUAAAGUUACAAAAGAGAACACAAUUUGUGCCAGCUUCUCAGAGCAGUAAAACUCUUCUAUCUGCAUGCACACAUGCUUCCGUAUUGGCACACUUUGUAUUUCUGAAAACUCCUGGUCCUUUGAGCAGGGCGACGGGAGAGAGGAAAUGUCACCGUAAAUGUUUUGAUGUGGGUUCCGUUUUAUGUGAAGUUUUCCUUUAGCGGUGACAACUUUUCUAGCUAAACCCUACGCAAAUUUAGAAUGUUUUUCAUUCCCACCCUCCCCCUCGCUCUCUCCUCCGUGAUGGGAGCAUCAAACAGUGGUGGGAUGGGUGUGAUUGUGGCAGGUCUGUGGCAUUUCUCCCUGUGUGCAGCGCUAGAAUGAAGUGAUUAAUUAAACCGGUGUUCUGGGAGUGUGUGUGUUCUGGGGGCGAGCAGGUCCUGGGUGUUAAUAAUGGAACCGGCUUUGCGCUGAGAUGCCGUUAUCGCUGCGUGAUGCGAACACCGUUUUAUCUGCCUUCCCCGGCCACAAAGGCAUGCCUGUCUGGAACGGUGUCGCUGUCAGGGUGGAGCGAGAGAAAUGGUCCCUUCAUCUGGAGUUUAUUACAUUUACAUUUAAGUCAUUUAGCAGACGCUCUUAUUUAUCCACUUUACUCUCUCUCCCUCCUCUCCCACUUUACUCUCUCUCCCUCCUCUCCCACUUUACUCUCUCUCCCUCCUCUCCCACUUUACUCUCUCUCCCUCCUCUCUAUCCUCUUCCUCUCAGGGAGACAGAGUGCAAGCUGCAGAUAGAUUUAAAACUGUUUUGUAGAUUAGAAGACUUUUAUCCGUCUACUGCAUAUUCUCAUAUUGAUAAUUAUUUUACUAAGCUUCAUUUCCAAAGCAUUAUGUAUUAAUGGCAUUUUAGGGGUUGGAGUACAGCAGAGAUUUGUCCAAACCAAUUUGUUUGUGUUCUCAAAUCACACUCUGCUUUCUUCUCUUUUGAGAGUUCCAUUAUUGGAAAGUUUGCAUAAACUUUGCUUAUUUACAUAUUCACUGUUUUGUAAUAUCUUGUCAACAUAAAUGAUCUAGUGUGUCUGUUCUCCUGUUGUGUUGCUACUAACAGAAGGAGCUGGUUAGUAAGGCUGACUGCCCGAGGAUGUGUGCCUACAAACUGGUCACUGUCAAGUUCAAGUGGUGGGGCCUGCAGAACAAGGUGGAGAGCUUUAUUCACAAGGUAAGGACAUGUCUUUUUUCUUCAGGUUAAUAGACACUAGCUACGUCUAUUAUUUUUCUGUCGACAUUAAGAAAGUGUGCAUAGAAAAUAGAUGUGUCAAUUGCCUGCUACGGUGUGUUUCUAUUGAACUGUCUUGUGUCAAUAAAAACAGCUGGGGAAAAAAUCCAGAAAAUCACAUUGUAUGAUUUUUAAGGAAUUAAUUUGCAUUUUAUUGCAUGACAUAAGUAUUUGAUCACCUACCAACCAGUAAGAAUUCCGGCUCUCACAGACCUGUUAGUUUUUCUUUAAGAAGCCCUCCUGUUCUCCACUCAUUACAUGUAUUAACUGCACCUGUUUGAACUCGUUACCUGUAUAAAAGACACCUGUCCACACACUCAAUCAAACAGACUCCAACCUCUCCACAAUGGCCAAGACCAGAGAGCUGUGUAAGAACAUCAGGGAUAAAAUUGUAGACCUGCACAAGGCUGGGAUGGGCUACAGGACAAUAGGCAAGCAGCUUGGUGAGAAGGCAACAACUGUUGGCGCAAUUUAUUAGAAAAUGGAAGAAGUUCAAGAUGACGGUCAAUCACCCUCGGUCUGGGGCUCCAUGCAAGAUCUCACCUCGUGGGGCUUCAAUGAUCAUGAGGAAGGUGAAGGUGAGGGAUCAGCCCAGAACUACACGGCAGGACCUGGUCAAUGACCUGAAGAGAGCUGGGACCACAUUCUCAAAGAAAACCAUUAGUAACACACUACGCCGUCAUGGAUUAAAAUCCUGCAGCGCACGCAAGGUCCCCCUGCUCAAGCCAGCGCAUGUCCAGGCCCAUCUGAAGUUUGCCAAUGACCAUCUGGAUGAUCCAGAGGAGGAAUGGGAGAAGGUCAUGUGGUCUGAUGAGACAAAAAUAGAGCUUUUUGGUCUAAACUCCACUCGCCGUGUUUGGAGGAAGAAGGAUGAGUACAACCCCAAGAACACCAUCCCAACCGUGAAGCAUGGAGGUGGAAACAUCAUUCUUCGGGGAUGCUUUUCUGCAAAGGGGACAGGACGACUGCACCGUAUUGAGGGGAGGAUGGAUGGGGCCAAUACGGAGCUGAAAGUCCGUAUUGCCCAGCGACAGCCCCGAAACCUGAAGGAUCUGGAGAAGGUCUGUAUGGAGGAGUGGGCCAAAAUCCCUGCUGCAGUGUGUGCAAACCUGGUCAAGACCUACAGGAAACGUAUGAUCUCUGUAAUUGCAAACAAAGGUUUCUGUAUCAAAUAUUAAGUUCUGCUUUUCUGAUGUAUCAAAUACUUAUGUCAUGCAAUAAAAUGCAAAUGCAUUACUUAAAAAUCAUACAAUGUGAUUUUCUGGAUUUUUGUUUUAGAUUCCGUCUCUCACAGUUGAAGUGUACCUAUGAUAAAAAUUACAGACCUCUAUCUUACAUGCUUUGUAAGUAGGAAAAUCGGCAGUGUAUCAAAUACUUGUUCUCCCCACUGUAUAUACAUACUGAACAAAACAUUAUAAACACAACAUGUAAAGUGUUAGUUUCAUGAGCUGAAAUAAAAGAUCCCAGAAUUGUUCCAAGUGCUUAUUUCUCGCAAAUGUUGUGCACAAAUUUGUUUACAUCCUUGUUAGUGAGCAUUUCUCCUUUGCCAAGAUAAUCCAUCCACCUGACAGGUGUGGCAUAUCAAGGAGAUUAAACUGCAUGAUCAUUACACAGGUGCACCUUAUGCUGGGGACAAUAAAAGGCCACUCUAAAAUGUGAAGUUUUGUCACACAACACAAUGCCACAUAUGUCUGAAGUUGAGGGAGCGUGCAAUUGGCAUGCUGACUGCAGGAAUGUCCCCCAGAGCUGUUGCCAGAGAAUGUAAUGUUUAUUUCUCUACCAUAAGCCGCCUCCAACGUCGUUUUUAGAGAAUUUAGCAGUACAUCCAACCGGCCUCAACGGCAGACCACGUGUCACCACGCCAGCCCAGGACCUCCACAUCUGUCUUCACCUGCGGGAUCGUCUUGAGACCAGUCACCCUGAUGAAACACAGCUGAUGAAACUGAGGAGUAUUUCUGUCUGUGGGGAAAAACUCAUUUUGAUUGGCUGGGCCUGGCUCCACAGUGGGUGGGUCUAUGCCCUCACAGGCCCACCCAUGACUGCGCCCCUGCCCAGUCAUGUGAAAUCCUUAGAUUAGGGCCUUAUUUAUUUCAAUUGACUGAUUUCCUUAUAUGAAUUGUAACUCAGUAAAAUGGUUGAAAUUAUUGCAUGUUGUGUUAAUCUAGUGUUGAAUAAAAAUGAAGUGGUUUGAAGUGUUUCCAUUAUCCAUUUAGGCAAAUCACGCAUUAAUAAACUGGCGACAGCCUGUAUGCCCUCCCACCUAUCUGUUUCAUGUCUCAGGUAUCCUGCGAAAGCCAGCAUGGAUAGAAUGCAAGAAUUGACUGUUUGCCAUAUUCUAAGUAUGUGCCAACGUAUCGAAACUUACACUCCUGUAGCCUAGAUCUGAUAUAAUUUGAUGGUAAAACUUGCACCCAGCCAACCUGAAAAGCAAGGCGAAGCAAUUCAGGCAUUCUUGAAAGUCAAGACAAACCUUGUCCUGCAAAGAAACAUUUAUUUUUAUAAUUGAAAAAUAAAUGUAGCAAUCAGUUGGUAUUUUGAAUUAAAUGAGUGGAGCUUUAUAGUUCUGUGAUGACAUCACGUGCCCCGCGUACCUUAGUCGGCAAUCAUCGGCAAAACAACUUAGUCGUUUUUCGCAAAUAAAGAAAAAUCCACCCCUGUCGAACGAAUACAAUUUUUGUUGAUCUUUAGAACAUUUCUCCUAUAGCUGCUGUUUCCAUUACACAUGUCGCAAUGUUUUUUUUGUUGCAACAUUGCUUUUGUAAAAUGAACCUGGGUCAAUGGAAACCUGCCUACUGAGUCAUCAAGAGUGCCUAUAAUAAUCCAAGCAGCACUGUAAAUAAUCUGUAGGUACACCAAAAACACCUGGGUUAUAUGGUUUAAAUGCUCAGUCUUUUGAUAUCCAGGACUAGACUGUAUAGCAUCUGACCAAGAUGUGUAUCUUCCUUUUAUUCUGUCACUGACCCAUGCUUCCUGGUACCCUCUUUCUUUAUCUCUAUAUGUCUCUAUCCAUGUUCUCUCCUCCAGCAAGAGAAGCGUAUCUUCACUAACUUCCAUCGCCAGCUGUUCUGUUGGAUCGACAAGUGGGUGGAGCUGACUAUGGAGGACAUCAGGCGGAUGGAGGCGGAGACACAGAAGGAGCUGGAGGAGGUAUGUAAAGGAACAUAUAUGACUACAAACAGGAGAAGGGUUCAAUACUUACCAGGGCUUGCUACACUCGAAACCUCAAACCAUUAGAGCGAGUGUGCCGUUUUUAGGCAUCAUCUCUUUAUCGUUGUCAUGGUGGCAAAUCCCAGCAUAUAGGGCAGCACUGCAAUGCAGUGUGGGUCUGGUGGUGGGUCUUGACCAUGGUUGGAUAGCAGGCUGUCUUAGCCUGUCUGUGGUAAUGUUAGGAAGCGCAUUGAAAGAGUCAUGCUGGCUGGUUGGUCUGUUCAUUAGUGGUGCUAUGACACACAAUAUUCACUCUAAAUUAUUAUCCCUCCCUAGAUCCUUUUCCUAGAAUUCGGAUAAUUCUUUUUACUUUUUAAUUGAAAAUCUGAGCUAAACACCCUGUUUAUUUAUUUCAAUCUGUCAAAUCAAUGAUCCCCCUCCUUAUACUUUGCUGUAAAUAAAUCAGCUUUUCAUGUUUUAUGACAAACUAAAGCGUGUAUGAUUUUCUGACGUUGUAAUUUUUCCCAUCUUAUGUGACUUUAUUUACUGCUUGUCAUAAUUUUGCUAAAUAAUCAUGUUGAAAGGAACAUCAGUCCUAGUCUUCUUGUGUACCUUCCCUCUACUGAUAAGGUUUUUUUUUUUUUACUGUGUUUGUUUGAUUCGACCAUGUGUACUCACACUGCUGGCCCAAAGGGAUAUGGUGCUGGAAUUCUACAUUCCUGCCAUUUGCUGCCCCUAUCCCCUUUUCCAGCCUGUCUGUCGGUCUCCCCCUCCCAGGGUUCCCACACAUUGUUUAUUCUGGAAAAAUCAGGGGAAAUGUGAUAUUUUCAAAGAAAUCCAUCUCAACUGUGAGGAGAGAGAAUUGUAAUCACAUACAGUGCAUUCGGAAAGUAUUCAGACCCCUUCACUUUUUCCACAUUUUGUUACGUUACAGCCUUAUUCUAAAAUUGAUUAGGAACAAUUUUUUUAGAAAUGAUUGCAAAUGUAUUAAAAAAUAUACCUUAUUUACAUAAGUAUUCAGACCCUUUGCUAUGAGACUCGAAAUUGAGCUCAGGUGCAUCCUGUUUCCAUUGAUCAACUUGAUUGGAGUCCACCUGUGGUAAAUUAAAUUGAUUGGACAUUAUUUAGAAAGGCACACACCUGUCUAUAUAAGGUCCCACAGUUGACAGUGCAUGUCAUAGCAAAAACCAAGCCAUGAGGUCAAAGGAAUUGUCUGUAGAGCUCCGAGACAGGAUUGUGUCGAGGCACAUAUCUGGGGAAGGGUACCAAAAAAUGUAUACAGCAUUGAAGGUCUCCAAGAACACAGUGGCCUCCUUCCAUUUAAGAAAGAUGAAGUUUGGAACCACCAAGACUCUUCCUAGAGCUGGCCGCCUGGCCAAACUGAGCAAUCAGGGGAGAAGGGCCUUGGUCAGGGAGGUGACCAAGAACCCGAUGGUCACUAACAGAGCUCCAGAGUUCCUCUGUGGAGAUGGGAGAACCUUCCAGAAGGACAACCAUCUCUGCAGCACUCCACCAAUCAGGCCUUUAUGGUAGAGUGGCCAGACGGAAGCCACUCCUUAGUAAAAGGCACAUGACAGCCCGCUUGGAGUUUGCCAAAGGGCACUGAAAGGACUCUCAGACCAUGAGAAACAAGAUUCUCUGGUCUGAUGAAACCAAGAUUGAACUCUUUGGCCUGAAUGCCAAGCGUCACGUCUGGAGGAAACCUGGCACCAUCCCUACGGUGAAGCAUGGUGGUGGCAGCAUCAUGCUGUGGUGUGCCAAGCUUGUAGCGUCAUACCCAAGAAGACUCAAGGCUGUAAUCGCUGCCAAAGGUCCAUAAACAAAGUACUGAGUAAAGGGUCUGAAUACUUAUGUAAAUGUGAUAUUUCAUUUAUUUUGUUUAAAAUUUGCAAAGAUUUCUAAAAACCUGUUUUUGCUUUGUCAUUAUGGGGUAUUGUGUGUAGAUUGAUGGGUGGGGGGUGGGACCAAUUUUAUCAAUUUUAGAAUAAAGCUGUAACGUAAUUUUUGGGGAAAAGUCAAGGGGUCUGAAUACUUUCCGAAUGCACUGUAUAGCCUACCACUCCUUUUACAGUCAGGCCUACAUUUUGGAAUAGACAGCCUAGUCUUGGUCCAUUGUGAGUGUUCAUUAUAUAAUAUAAGUAUUACCAAUUAAAACUUUAAUUCUUGAGAAAUUAAAAAGUCAUAAACAUUUAGAUAGGUAACUUGUGUGGGAACCCUCGCUUCCUUUCCCCCAAUCUCUAACUCUGCCCUCACAGGCUCCUGAUUCUAUCAUUUUACAUCUAGAUGCGUAGGAAGGGCUCUGUUCGAGGCACGAAGGCUUCAGACGAGUAGCUGCCCCAGGUGUAGGUCUGAGGAAGGCUGUGUAAGUGCAAUUGGUGGCGGAGUCGAGCCGAUAGCAGACAUGUUGGUUCCUCCUCCACCAACUCUCAUCGAUUCCUUGUCUUCCUUCUCCCACUGGGUUCUAUUGGUAUUGCUGCAUGGCUACACUGCUUUCACUCCAUAUACAGUGGUGUCAUAACAAGGAUUUAUGGUCUAUGGUUUGUGUGAGUGUCUGUGUGUGCGUUCUUGUCGCGUGAACUUCCAUAACUCUGACUGUAUUAGUUAAUCAAUAACACCAGAUCUCAGAGAAAUGAAGCAUUUGCCAGAUCGUUAAGUGUAUUGCUGACAUGGCGAAAAGCUCCCUGCCGUGUGUGUGUGUGUGUGUGAGUGCCUACUCAAUCUCCCCAUGUGAGGGCAGACAUCUGUUCAGCCUGUUUUCAGAGCCAAGGCGAGAGAGCCGGUUUUAAAAAGGCUAUGGCAGCCAGUCAAAGCCAUACUAAAAAAAAGUCAGCACUGGUUUCUGGCCUUGUAUCUGUAGUCCAAAGAAAGGCCAUAGAGAAUAUGGAUAACAAACACACACACAAAAACGCUCCUCUGGCACUGCAGAGUUCUGUUUGUGUAUCACAUUCUCAGUAAGGCCUUACCACUCACUCCCUCUUGGCCCCACUUGAAAUAUCAAUCUGAGCGCUUUUGGCCGUACAUGGAGAAAAAAGGGAGGAAUCUGGGCCGGACUGGCCAAAGUGGGCCAGGCUCAAGCAUUCCUGGCCUGGCACCAAAGCUGAUCAUUUGGAGCUCUGUUUCUUCCCUCUCUACAUCUCGUCCAAUCCUGCAUGUGUUUCCCAUUUUCUCCUGGACUAUGUAAACAGACGGGUGCCAUCAGAGGCCCUCGGCAUGGGCCUCUGAGCUGAGGGGUCGCCACGGUUACACUUUGCCAGUACUGUAGGGCUCCACAGAGCGGCACCCAUAUGUUGGAGUGGAAUACCAUUAUAACGACAAGCUCAGAGUUUGUUCUUUACUAGUUCAACAACAAUACACCCCCAGCUCCUGUAGAUGGUUCAGCUCAAUGUCCUAGACAGCUUAUCACCUUUAUAUAUAUGUAUAUAUAUAUAUAUAUAUAUAUACAGUGGGGAGAACAAGUAUUUGAUACACUGCCAAUUUUGCAGGUUUUCUUACUUACAAAGCAGGUAGAGGUCUGUCAUUUUUAUCAUAGGUACACUUCAAUUGUGAGAGACGGAAUCUAAAACACAAAUCCAGAAAAUCACAUUGUAUGAUUUUUAAGUAAUUAAUUUGCAUUUUAUUGCAUUUUAUUGCAUGACAUAAGUAUUUGAUACAUCAGAAAAGCAGAACUUAAUAUUUGAUACAGAAACCUUUGUUUGCAAUUACAGAGAUCAUACGUUUCCUGUAGGUCUUGACCAGGUUUGCACACACUGCAGCAGGGAUUUUGGCCCACUCCUCCAUACAGACCUUCAGGUUUCGGGGCUGUCGCUGGGUAAUACGGACUUUCAGCUCCCUCCAAAGAUUUUCUAUUGGGUUCAGGUCUGGAGACUGGCUAGGCCACUCCAGGACUUUGAGAUGCUUCUUACGGAGCCACUCCUUAGUUGCCCUGGCUGUGUGUUUCGGGUCGUUGUCAUUGAUGCCCCACAUUUACAUUACAUUUUAGUCAUUUAGCAGACGCUCUUAUCCAGAGCGACUUACAGUUAAGUGAGUGCAUACAUUAUUUUUUUCAUACUGGCCCCCCGUGGGAAUCGAACCCACAACCCUGGCGUUGCAAACGCCAUGCUCUACCAACUGAGCUACAUCCCUGCCGGCCAUUCCCUCCCCUACCCUGGGCCAAUUGUGCGCCGCCCCAUGGGUCUCCCGGUCGCGGCCGGCUACGACAGAGCCUGUAUUCGAACCAGGAUCUCUAGUGGCACAGCUAGCACUGCGAUGCAGUGCCUUAGACCACUGCGCCAUUCGGGAGAACACACAAGGUGAGAUCUUGCAUGGAGCCCCAGACCGAGGGUGAUUGACUGUCAUCUUUAACUUCUUCCAUUUUCUAAUAAUUGCACCAACAGUUGUUGCCUUCUCACCAAGCUGCUUGCCUAUUGUCCUGUAGCCCAUCCCAGCCUUGUGCAGGUCUACCAUUUUAUCCCUGAUGUCCUUACACAGCUCUCUGGUCUUGGCCAUUGUGGAGAGGUUGGAGUCUGUUUGUUUGAGUGUGUGGACAGGUGUCUUUUAUACAGGUAAAGAGUUCAAACGGGUGCAGUUAAUACAGGUAAUGAGUGGAGAACAGGGGGGCUUCUUAAAGAAAAACUAACAGGUCUGUGAGAGCCGGAAUUCUUACUGGUAGGUAGGUGAUCAAAUACUUAUGUCAUGCAAUAAAAUGCAAAUUAAUUACUUAAAAAUCAUGCAAUGUGAUUUUCUGGAUUUUUGUUUUAGAUUCCGUCUCUCACAGUUGAAGUGUACCUAUGAUAAAAAUUACAGACCUCUACAUGUUUUGUAAGUAGGAAAACCUGCAAAAUCGGCAGUGUAUCAAAUACUUGUUCUCCCCACUGUAUGUAUAUGUGUGUGUAUAUAUAUAUAUAUACAUAUACAUACACUGCUCAAAAAAAUAAAGGGAACACUAAAAUAACACAUCCUAGAUCUGAAUGAAUGAAAUAAUCUUAUUUAAAAAAAAAAUUAUUUACAUAGUUGAAUGUGCUGACAACAAAAUCACACAAAUUAUCAAUGGAAAUCAAAUUUAUCAACCCAUGGAGGUCUGGAUUUGGAGUCACCCUCAAAAUUAAAGUGGAAAACCACACUACAGGCUGAUCCAACUUUGAUGUAAUGUCCUUAAAACAAGUCAAAAUGAGGCUCAGUAGUGUGUGUGUGGCCUCCACGUGCCUGUAUGACCUCCCUACAACGCCUGGGCAUGCUCCUGAUGAGAUGGCGGAUGGUCUCCAGAGGGAUCUCCUCCCAGACCUGGACUAAAGCAUCCGCCAACUCCUGGACAGUCUGUGGUGCAACGUGGCGUUGGUGGAUGGAGCGAGACAUGAUGUCCCAGAUGUGCUCAAUUGGAUUCAGGUCUGGGGAACGGGCGGGACAGUCCAUAGCAUCAAUGCCUUCCUCUUGCAGGAACUGCUGACACACUCCAACCACAUGAGGUCUCGCAUCGUCUUGCAUUAGGAGGAACCCAGGGCCAACCGCACCAGCAUAUGGUCUCACAAGGGGUCUGAGGAUCUCAUCUCGGUACCUAAUGGCAGUCAGGCUACCUCUGGCGAGCACAUGGAGGGCUGUGCGGCCCCCCAAAGAAAUGCCACCCCACACCAUGACUGACCCACCGCCAAACCGGUAAUGCUGGAGGAUGUUGCAGGCAGCAGAACGUUCUCCACGGCGUCUCCAGACUCUGUCACGUCUGUCACGUGCUCAGUGUGAACCUGCUUUCAUCUGUGAAGAGCACAGGGCGCCAGUGGCGAAUUUGCCAAUCUUGGUGUUCUCUGGCAAAUGCCAAACGUCCUGCACGGUGUUGGGCUGUAAGCACAACCCCCACCUGUGGACGUCGGGCCCUCAUACCACCCUCAUGGAGUCUGUUUCUGACCGUUUGAGCAGACACAUGCACAUUUGUGGCCUGCUGGAGGUCAUUUUGCAGGGCUCUGGCAGUGCUCCUCCUUGCACAAAGGCGGAGGUAGCAGUCCUGCUGCUGGGUUGUUGCCCUCCUACAGCCUCCUCCACGUCUCCUGAUGUACUGGCCUGUCUCCUGGUAGCGCCUCCAUGCUCUGGACACUACGCUGACAGACACAGCAAACCUUCUUGCCACAGCUCGCAUUGAUGUGCCAUCCUGGAUGAGCUGCACUACCUGAGCCACUUGUGUGGGUUAUAGACUCCGUCUCAUGCUACCACUAGAGUGAAAGCACCGCCAGCAUUCAAAAAUGACCAAAACAUCAGCCAGGAAGCAUAGGAACUGAGAAGUGGUCUGUGGUCACCACCUGCAAAACCAGUCUGUUAUUGGGGGUGUCUUGCUAAUUGCCUAUAAUUUCCACCUGUUGUCUAUUCCAUUUGCACAACAGCAUGUGAAAUGUAUUGUCAAUAAGUGUUGCUUUCUAAGUGGACAGUUUGAUUUCACAGAAGUGUGAUUGACUUGGAGUUACAUUGUGUUGUUUAAGUGUUCCCUUUAUUUUUUUGAGAUAUAUAUAUAUAUAUAUAUAUAUGACUUUGAACAUGUGCUUCAGGUGAAUGAAGCUCAAGCAAAGGUUGAGUAGUAAUGAUGUAUCAGGAUCUUAGACUAUACUGUGUGAGUGAGAAACACCAUGUUUUGGAGAUGAUGCACUAACAUGCCUGUCUGUCUGCUUGUGUUCUAACACGGGUGGGGUGGUGGUGGGGAGAGGGGAGGCGAGGUGCUGGGGUUGGCGGGUGGGGGGAGAAAAACCCUUCAAGAUGGCUUCCUCUGCCUCAUUAACAUACAAAUGGAAUUCUGCAGUUGAAAAGGAGCCUGUGCUGUGAUUGAGCAGGAGGGAGGGAAGAAAUGAUGGAGAAUUGGAAGGUAGAAUCCUCAUGCCAUUUCAUCAGAUGUUUAGGGCCAGCGUGGUGUGGUUGAAGUGUUCCAUUAAGGUAUUCCGCUAUCAGAUUUAGCCACUAAUUGACUUUCUAAAGUCAUCAGCCUUAGGGUGUGAGGACCUGAAACCAAUGCCUUUAUCUACCUACAAGAUAAACAAGGGCUCAAUAAGAACCAUUUUAGAGACAUUCUUUAAAAAAAACAGUUUGCAGUUUGCAAAGGGAAAGGUUUUAAUUUUUUCAGAGAUAUUCUUAAUGUAGAUUGUUUCUCAGUGAACAGAAUGAUGGCAUUUCUCAGCCACAUCCAUCCCAGUUUCUUUCACAGUAACAAGCAGCCUUUCUCCUUGCAGAAUUCCACUUGUUGACGCAUGCAGUCACAGAACCUGCCUCCACUUGUUUGGUCUCUGUAGAGAUGUAAUAAAUGACUGUUUAUUUCCUCCUCUCUUUCUCUGCUUAUCCCCCUCCCCUUUCCUCCACCUCAGCUUCGCAAACAAGGUCAAGUACGGGGAACCAGUGCUGCCGAUGCCGAAUGAGAUGGAGGGUUUUAAACAGCGAUGAAGAGUGAAGAUGAAGAAUUUCGACGUGUGCUCCCUGCGUGCCACCUUUUACCUUGCUGAUUCAGGAUGUGGAGGACGAGGGCUCUGCUCCAAUCGAUCAAUAGACCAACACCCUGACCUACCGGCACCCAAUCAUAGACAUUCUAUCCACAGAAUAAUUGAUUUGUAGAAAGUGACACGAUCCUAGCUGAUAAGGCUCCAGUUAAUUUUGAUGAUUUCAAGCAGCAAUGACCUCUGUAUAGCCAGCUACCACGACCAUGUUGUUGAUAGACUAGUCCCUCUAUCUUCUCUUGAUAGACGCUUAGAGGGCUGCUUGGUUGUUGAUCGAGAUUAAUAUUUUCAAAGCAUUUAAUUGGCAUGAUUCCAUUAUUGCAGGUGUUGGACCUGUAUUUUGUUAUUCCAGUCGAGGAGGAUCGUUCCUCUGUGGUCUGUUGCCUUGACCUUUUUUGUUUUCCUUUGUAUUCAUCAAUAUUUUCUCCAGAUCAUUCCUUUUAAGACAAUGUCCUCCCUGUCCUCUUCUAGCUGUUCAUAACUCUGUGGUUUUCGAUUAGCUGGUGAGAGAGAGCCUGUCAGUGUGUUCUCCAUAUACAUGUCCCUUCCUGCCAUGGCGUUCAUUAAGAGAUUACUGACACCCUUGGCACCUAUGCCCAUCCUAAUCUCUCCCCCUCACCCUCCCUCUGCAUCUUAUUAACACUCUGACAAUCUUGUCCACACAGGUAUUUCACUCUCACUUCCAUGCAAAUUAACACACACACACACUAAUACACACAAGCACAAACACGCACAUGUAGACACGCGCCCGCGCGCGCACACAGGUGUGAAUGACUUUGCGGUGGCUGAUCUCUUCCAAGCUCAAGCUGGGCAGAUCCAUGCAGGAUCCUUCAACUGAAGGGAAGUGGCUGUUGGAGUGUUUGGAGCUGUCACUGUUUUUCCACACUCUCCAUCCUCCACACGCUCACACUCACUCAAUCCGCUCCUCCCCAGCGGAUGUCCCCAGAGCGAAACCGCACUGAAAAACAGUCACAGAUGGUGCUACACCCCUCCAGUCUCUGUCACGCACUGCUCACCCCACCCUGCACUCCACCACCACACCACCUAAGUAGCCUGACUGUCUGCCUGUCUUAUUCCUGUGGAUCUCUGUGACCGUGUUCUGCUGCUGGUCGUAUCCUGCUGAGCAGGGGCAGCAGGUCAACAGACACCAAGC